AUGCUCUCCGGGGCGCCGCCGCCGCCCGCCGGCUUCCCCAGCCCGCCGCCGCCGCAGCCGCCGCCGCCGCCGCCGCCCGCCGCUCCCCCGCACGGGCCGCCGCCGUUCCCGGGGAAGGGCGGCCUGCAGAUCCGGAAGAAUGCCAUCACGGACGACUACAAGGUCACCACGCAAGUGCUGGGGCUCGGCAUCAACGGGAAAGUUUUGGAGAUCUUCAGCAAGAAGAGCGGCGAGAAGUUCGCGCUCAAGAUGCUGCAGGACUGCCCCAAGGCCCGCAGGGAAGUGGAGCUGCACUGGCGAGCGUCGCAGUGCGCGCACAUCGUGCGCAUCAUGGACGUCUACGAGAACCUCUACCAGGGGAGGAAGUGUCUGCUCAUCGUCAUGGAGUGCUUGGACGGCGGGGAGCUCUUCAGCCGCAUUCAGGACAGGGGAGACCAGGCCUUCACUGAACGGGAGGCCUCGGAGAUCAUGAAGAGCAUUGGGGAAGCCAUCCAGUACCUGCACUCGAUCAACAUCGCUCACCGGGACGUGAAGCCGGAGAACCUCCUGUACACCUCCAAAAGGCCCAACGCUGUGCUCAAACUCACCGACUUCGGCUUCGCCAAGGAGACCACCACGCACAACUCCCUGGCCACGCCGUGCUACACGCCCUACUACGUGGCCCCAGAAGUGCUGGGCCCAGAGAAGUACGACAAGUCCUGUGACAUGUGGUCCCUCGGUGUCAUCAUGUAUAUUCUGCUGUGCGGGUACCCCCCCUUCUACUCCAACCACGGCCUGGCCAUCUCUCCGGGCAUGAAGAAGCGAAUCCGCAUGGGCCAGUACGAGUUCCCCAACCCCGAGUGGUCCGAGGUGUCGGAGGAAGUGAAGCAGCUGAUCCGAAACCUGCUGAAGACAGACCCGACCCAGCGCAUGACCAUAACGGAGUUCAUGAACCACCCCUGGAUCAUGCAAUCCAUGCAGGUGCCCCAGACCCCGCUGCACACCAGCCGUGUGCUGAAGGAGGAGAAGGACCUGUGGGAGGAUGUGAAGGAGGAGAUGACCAGCGCCCUGGCCACCAUGCGAGUGGACUAUGAACAAAUCAAGAUCAAGAAAAUCGAGGAUUCCUCCAACCCUCUGCUGAUGAAGAGGAGGAAGAAAGCCAACGCCCCCGAGCCCGCCGCGCUGCCCCACUGAGGGCCCCGCCCGCCGGCCCCCCAGAAAGCAAUAACUAUAUAUAUAUACAUAUAUAUAUAUAUUUUUUAAGGAAAAAAAAAAGACAAAAAGAAACAGACUGUUCUAUCGAGCGCAUGGAAAUUCAGACAUUUAUACCAGACUAGUUAUUUUUAGCUACUCACCUGUGUUUCUGGCCUUUCUGGAGCAGGUGCUGAGAUCCCCUCUCAGAUCCACACCUGCAGCCAGGGAUUUUUUUGUCCUCUAGGCGAACGCCGCCAAUAAUUGGAUUUUUAUUUUUCUUUUGUGAAACGGUUUUGAUUUAUAUAUAUAUAUAUUUUUUUUUUCCCUUUUCCUCCUCCUUCCUUCCAAAGACAUGGAAUCUCCUGUGGUGACCUUUUUAGGGUAUAUAACAUAUAAAUAUUUUUUAAAAACUACUGUAGAGCUGAAACCCAGACAGCAUGUUCCCUGUGUGGAUGCUGGGCUCCAGGGAAGGAGAGCUGCCCUCCCCCCUGUCCUGCUGCCCUGGGGUGGGGGGUCCCUGUGGCCACCAAAUCGAGCCCAGGAGGCAAAAAGCAGCACCCAGCCCUCGCUGGGGGCCUGCCUGGCAGUGCUGUCUGUCUGUCCGUGUGGGGUGUGUGUCUGUCCGUGGGCCUGCAGCUGCUCUGCUCUCCCUGCGUGGCCUGGAGCACAGCUCUGAGCUCAGGGGGGCUGGGGCUGGCCUGUCCCCCCACUCUGCAGGGAUGUGUCCCCCAGUCUGCGGGGAUGUGUCCCCCACUCUGCGGGGAUGUGUCCCCCACUCUGCAGGGAUGUCCCUGGGACAGGGGGUGGCACAGCUUGAGCCAGGAUGGCAGCACUGACCCUCCCUGGCCGGGGCUGGGGGUGCUGCCGUCCCCCCAGUGUGGCUCCUGCAGCUGCUCUGAAGUCUUUAGUCCAUGGAUUGUUAUAAUAAUUAUUAUUAUUAUUAUUAUUUGUCACGAUGUUUCACUUCGUUAAAUGUGUUUGAAUGGGGAAAAACAAUUUUUUAAAGCGAUGUUUAGUUUUUAGGUGAUCUUUUUAGACACUGUAUGGAAUUUUAAUUUGUUUUGAAAACUGGUUUUUAUCCUCCCCCCUUUUUUUUUUUUUUUAAUUUUUUUAAUUAUUUUUGUCUGUUGGCUUAUACUAAUCUUCCUAGUCUCCUCUUCAGUCCUUUGGAUUAAAGACACUUAAAGAGUCA